UCUCUAUUUAACAACUAUUUAUUGUUGAUGUUGCCCCAGUUUGCUGCUGCUGCUGCUGUUUCAACAUGAAGUCGAUAGAAAACAAGCCAUCAGAGGAAAGAGUCCACAGUGAAGAGCAAGAAGAGGCAGAUUCUGCUCAGAGGAAGGAGCUCCAGGAGACUUUGUUUCGUUACAUCACAGACACCAUUACCUACACGGACAUGGUGAGAGGUUUCUGUGACAUGUCGUCCAAGUGGUUGCUCAGGAGGGAAACUGAAUUAAACAUGAUGACGGACAUCAAGACGAGAGACGACGGCAUCAACCUUAACAUCGACCACUUUACCAAGUCCGAGAAAAAAGGUAAAGCCUUUUGGGAGUACAUGAAGAGCAAGGUGACCCAGGUGACAGCAGACAGCCGGCGUGAAGAGCUGCAGCAAGAACUCGCUGCCGUGAUGGAGGACACUCGAGAAGGCCUGGCCAAGCUGGAUCCCUUUCUGGAUGCUCUGGAGAAGCUGGCGGUCACAUCGCCUCACGUCUUCACACAGAACCGGGUGUUAGUCUUUCCUGAAGGCACCAGCUUUGAAUGUGUCGAGGUCAUCAUCAAUGCCGCACGGCAACUCUGCCCUGUCCUCCUGGAGUUCAAAAGAGACGCACAAGUCUUCUUCAUGCCCAAACUUCAAAAUGUGGAAGUGCUUGCAUAUCAGUUGGACAAAUACAUUCAGACCACCCAGAAAAUCUGCGCGACGUUAGAGAAAAGAUUCUUGAGUGACUUCAAAUUGAAGACGAUGAAUGAGACUGUGGUGAAUCUCCCUGUGGACGUGUCUGAGGAAGAUGUACGCAGGAUGCUUGAUCAUGUGAAUCAGCUUGAUGAGAUCAGGAUGAACGAGCACUUCCGGAUGGUGUUCUUGUUUCAAGGAGAAUCAUGUGACACCUUCAUCAGUGAGUUCAGCAAGCGACAGCCCACGAUGGUCCAGUCACUUCAGGACCUGGAGGAGGUGGCUGCUCAGCUUGACAGGAUGAAUAAAGGGGCAAAGAUCUCCAGUGUUACAGGCAGCUCAGUGGGGGCGAUCGGAGGAGUGCUCUCCAUUGUCGGCCUGGCGUUAAUUCCUGUGACAGCAGGGUUGUCUCUUGGUCUGACAAUGACAGGGGUAGGGCUGGGAAUCACCAGUGGAGUCAACAGUGCUGUCACCACCGCCACAGAGAUUGGAGUAAACGCCACGCAACAAAAGAAAGCCAGAGAAGUCUUCCAGAACUUCAUGGAGGAUGUUCAGAUUCUCCAGAAUUGCCUCGAUGAUGUGACCAAUGAAACCAUCUCAAAAAUGGAAGACAAUUUGAUUGAUUUGGCUGUAGGAGUGGGCAGGGUUCUCAGUAAUGUCGGUUGUAUCAGUAAGGGCAUUGAUGGCAUUGUUGAUGCUGCCUCUUCUGUCAAGUUGCUGAAAAACACAGAGGUGAUUACAGGUGUUGGUAAAGCAGUGGCUGAGGAAGGUAAGGCUUUGCGUAAUGUGCCCAGGUUGGCCUCUGACAUCCCAGAUAUUGGUCAGGCUGUAGCCAAAGGGCCUCUCGCUCUUUCAAAGUCAGCCAGGGCAGGUUUAAUCGGACUUAAUGCUCUUUUCAUUGGCAUGGACGUUUUCUUCAUCUGUAAGGACAGCAUCAGUCUGGCCAAAGGCACCGAGACCGAAGUCUCACAGUUCAUCCGGGCCAGAGCUGCACUCUGGAGCUCAGAGAUGGAAGCAUUUCAGAGGAUGCACGACUCCCUGUGUAAAGGCCAGCCAACAUCGGAGAAGAAUGAUGCUCUUCUGGAGACGCCUUACUAUCCGGAUUCCUGCACCAACAACAAAGAAAUAUAAAAAAUUUCACCAUGCAGGGUAGUACCAUCAAAUGAUUCUGUAUGAAAAUUCACUCUUUAACAUCAAAUAAUUGUACCUGUUGAUAUCUUGCUCUACAGAUGUAAGAAAUAAGUUACAAAUGUAAAUGUAAAUGUAAAUGUAAAUGUAAAUUUAAGUUCAAGUUCAUGAUUUCGACUUCAUUCUCAAACUGCUGAAAAUCAAACAAUCACUGGUUUGUCAUAAUUUUGGAUAAGGGACCGUAUCAAAUGUAAAGAAACUAUCACUGUUAUUCGAAUGUACCUCACUAAAUAUGCAGAAAACUUUACCAGGUGGGAAAUCCAUACUUAAUGAUAUGUAAUUAUGUAAUUAAUACUUUUUCUGAUAAUAAAUGUGAGAGGAAAAAUACAACG